GUUUGCGGAUUGCAGUUAAAGUCUGGUCAGGAGCAGAAUGAGUUAACGCGCUCAUCUGCGCGCACUGAACCGAGCAGAGCAGCAGCUUCUCACCGGCAGCAUAUCGAGCCCCCGGCCCGGUGAUCAUGUCCGGUAGUGGAACCCAUGAAGCGCUCAGUGGCAGCACGGAGAUGGAGCAAAGAAGCUUGGAGAGUGGGACUAUGAAGACUGACUUGGAGGCUGGGAGUUUCAGCGCUGCAAUCCACUGCCACGAUGUGUGCCGUUCAUACGGGAAACUUAAAGUUCUCAACAAUCUCAACCUGACAUUACCUCAGGGUCAAAUUUAUGGACUGCUUGGGCCUAGUGGUUGUGGGAAGACUACGCUGUUGAAAUGCAUCGUGGGAACUCUGAAGAUCUCUCGUGGUCAUAUCACAGUGUUGGGAAAGCCACCAGCUUUCCCAGGACAUGAAGUGCCAGGAAAGAUGGUGGGAUACAUGCCACAGGACAUAGCUCUGUACAAUGAGUUCACUAUCAGCAAUACAUUAUGGUUUUUCGGUCGAAUUCAUGGCCUUUCAUCUAAAGAGACAGAAGCCAGGAUGAGUUUCCUCAUCGAUUUUCUGGACCUGCCACAGAAACACAGCCUUGUCAAAAAUCUCAGUGGUGGUCAGCGGCGACGCGUCUCUCUUGGAGCUGCUUUGCUUCAGAACCCAAAACUUUUGAUCCUGGAUGAGCCCACUGUAGGAGUGGACCCUGUUUUGCGAGCCAAGAUAUGGCAACAUCUGGUAGAGAUUGUAAGAGGAGGACAAGUGUCCAUCAUUAUUACAACACAUUACAUCGAGGAGGCCAGACAAGCCAAUACAGUUGGAUUGAUGAGGAAUGGUCGGUUGUUGGCUGAAGGUCCACCCGAUGCUGUUAUGAAGCAACAUAAUGCAGCAACAUUAGAGACUGCGUUCCUGCAACUUUGUGAGGACUCUGAUCAAAGCGGCCCCAAACAGAGUCCUCAGGGCCGUCUGCUGGACAGCAGCCCAUCUCCAGACAGCAUGAGGGAUGAGAUUCGUGAGCCCAUAUUGAGAAAGAGCACAUCAGAAGAAAUGCCUAAAUGUAAAGCUGACUGGAAAGUGCGUGCCAGACACAUCAUACCUAAAUGGAGCAACAUUGCAGCACUGAUGAUCAAGACGAUGGUUCGAAUGAGAAGAUUGCCAGGGUCCCUCUGUUUCCAGUUUCUGUUGCCUGUAAUUCAGAUCUGUCUGAUGUGCCUGUGUAUUGGCGGAGACCCCAAAAACAUUGAUGUUGCUGUGGUCAAUAACGAAAGUAGUCCCAGUGCCUUCAGUAGAUCUCUGCUGUCUUUUCUUGACAACACAAGUAUUAACCAGGUUAGCUUGUCUCAUUCAGAUGCUUUUGAUGGUAUUCGAAAUGGGGAAUACUGGGGAGUCAUAGAGUUUGGAGAGAAUUUCACCAGCUAUUUAACUAAAAGGAUGUUGCAGCCACGGGUGUCCAGAGAAGUGGUUGAAGGAGGAUCUGUACAUGCAUGGCUGGAUCUGACUAAUAGACAGAUUGCCCUAAUGCUACAGAAAAAACUCCAUCAGGCUUUUGAGGCUUUUAUGGAGAAAAGGCUGGGGAGUAUGUCAUACAUGGUGGCUGUCCCAAUAAAAUUUGAAGAACCUAUAUAUGGCAGUAAGAACACAGAUUUCACAACAUUUGUUACUCCAGGAGCUGUUUUGAGUAUUACGUUUUAUCUGGCUGUGGGGUUGACCGCUCUGUCUUUUGUGCUAGAGAGGAAGGAGGGUCUGUUAGACAGAUGCUGGGUGGCAGGUGUAAGUUCUCUGGAGACCAUGCUCGCACACCUCUUCUCACAGCUGUUUGUCAUCAGUGUUCAGAUCAUCCUUCUGCUGAUCUUCACUCUACUGGUCUUCAACAUUCCUAAUGAAGGCUCUCUGGCUCUGGUGAUCUCACUGAUUGUGCUGCAGGGAGUGACGGGGAUCUCCUUUGGUCUGGUCAUCUCGUCUGCAAUCGAUGACGAGCAGUCAGCCAAUCAGGCGGCUCUUGGAGUCUUCUACCCCAACCUCAUUCUAAGCGGUGUUAUCUGGCCGGUUGAGUGUAUCCCAUAUCCUCUGCGAUAUUUGAGUCUCGUCCUGCCACAGACAUAUGCAUCUGAAGCUCUGCGCUGUAUCAUGUACAGAGGAUGGGGUUUGUCCCGCAUGAUGGUUUGGCGAGGUUUUGCAGUCACCCUUGGCUGGAACACAUUCUUCCUCAUGUUGGCGACCAUCAUUCUCAAGCUGAGAACGUGAGAGGCUCAGCUCAAAACAGGUGCUUCAGAUUGGGUAAAGGAGUGUCUGUCGAGGCCAAAAACAGGAUUGACACAUGGAUCUGCCAAUCAGAGCCUCUCUAUCUUCUUAAUAUGCCAUUCACCCAAAACUGGCCUCCAAAGGACCAUUAGUGUGAACUCAGGGCAUUUCUCAACCAGCUACUCUUAGAGACGUGUUCUACAAAAUAUUCCAGUAUCGAGUCGACUGACAAUGUGAAGCAUAACACUGCUGGAGCUACUGUAUCCAUACUCUCUUCGUUUUCUCCAGUUUAUAUAAUGCAUCCAAGUAGGUUCUGCGUGCCUGAGUUUCUUUGUGUGUUCCAUAUGCCUUGUAUGUGCCAGUAAACCUUAUUAGACUGGGUAAAAGCACACACCUAUAAACUGCUUUAGGUUAGAUGGCCUAAACAGAAGGAGUCUCCUCUCUUUGUACAGUAGUGUUUUGUUUUUCAAAAUCGCUGCUUGUUCAUUGUUUUUUUUUUACAAUAAUAGUUUUUCUGUUUGAGUUAUAAUAAUCUAUUCAUGUGCCAAAAAAGAAAUGAAGGACGAACAAGCGAUGUUUACAUUUGUGCACAUAACAGGCGAAUGUUAAACCUGAUAGUUGCACUCAAAAGACGAGUUUAGUCUGCGCUUUAGGAUAUUUUAUAUAUGAACGACAGCACAAACUGCAUCACAAUGCAAGCCAUAUGCUGAGUUGCUUGGAAUGGUGAGAAUAGUUUGAAGGAUGUUUUAGCGUGCAAUAUUUGAUGAGGAGAUACUUUACAUAGAGGUUUUGGGUAUUCAUUUUAGAUGUGAAGCACUGUUCUUAUAAGAUUACAACCACUUUAGUAGACUUAAAUUUUCUCCACUUCCACAUUAGGAUUUUUUUGUCUCUACAUUCUACCUUCACAGACCAGAUCUAGGUUCUGGUUUGGUUUUAAUUGUAUGGGUUCAUCCAAAAAUGAAAAUAUGCUGUUAUAUGAAAC